CUCCCAAAGCCGGUUAGUUGUCGAGGCGUCAUUAUGGAGCCGACAGCUGGAUGGAGCGUUUCAUCGUUGCAUGGAAAGGAAAAUUCAACAACAGAGUGAUUUUUGCUCCGGCUGUAUAAAUACACGAGAAAAACAAUCAUGUUGGACAUUGUGCUGGGUGAGGCCAAACUGGACUUGUAUGCCAGCGCUUUAGGAUGGCCAGUGACAGCUCGAGCAUUACCAGUCCUGUGGUACGCCAAAUUGACAAACAGUUUCUGAUCUGCAGCAUCUGCUUGGAUCGUUACAAAAUUCCUAAAGUUCUUCCUUGUCUUCACACCUUCUGUGAGAGGUGUCUGCAAAACUACAUUCCUGCCUAUAGUUUAACACUUUCCUGCCCGGUGUGUCGCCAGACGUCCAUUUUGCCUGAAAAGGGAGUUUGUGCACUACAGAAUAAUUUCUUCAUUACAAACCUGAUGGAUGUUCUUCAGCGGACUCCUGACAACAACUGUGAGGACUCCUCCAUUCUGGAGACGGUCACAGCGGGAGCAGCAGGGAAACCCCUAUCCUGCCCAAAUCAUGAUGGAAAAGUGAUGGAGGUUUAUUGCCAAUCUUGUGAGACAGCAAUGUGUCACGAAUGCACGGAAGGGGAGCAUGCUGAACACCCGACUGUUCUUCUCAAGGAUGUGGUCGAGCAGCACAAAGCUUCCUUGAAGACACAACUAGAGGCUGCCAAACAGAGGAUGCCUGAAUUGGACUCUGCUCUAGGUUCCCUGUCUGAAAUCUUGCAAGAUUUAACAAAUGAGAAAGUAAGCAUUGAAGAAGAGAUUCACACAACAUUCAGCGAUCUCCAAAAAACCUUAAAUGUACGAAAGAGUGUUCUGCUCAUGGAACUGGAGGUCACAUAUGGUGUUAAACAAAAAGUUCUCCAAGCACAGCUGGAUGCAUUGAUGCAGGGUCAGGAAAGCAUCAAGAGUAGCUGCGACUUCACGGAACAAGCCCUAAACCACGGGACGGAAACUGAAGUUUUAUUAGUAAAGAAACAAAUGGGGGACCGGUUGAAUGAACUAGCUUGUCAGGAGUUUCCUUUGCAACCCCAAGAAAAUGAUCAGCUGGAAUUUGUGGUGGAGACUGAAGGGCUUAAAAAAUCCAUACACAAUCUGGGCACCAUAAUAACCACAAACGCCGUGGCCUACGAGACUGUUGCAACCGGUGAUGGGCUGAGACAGUGUGUGAUUGGCCACCCUACAUCUGUUACUGUCACCACAAAGGACAAGGAUGGAGAACUUGUGAAGACUGGAAGUGCUUGUCUUUGUGCUGAGAUCGCAUCUCCCGAUGGGCGCGUGGUCGAUGGGGAGAUACUCGACAAUAAGAAUGGAACCUAUGACUUUCUGUAUACCAUUCAGAAAGAACAGAAAGAGGGUGACUUCACCCUUACUCUCAGACUUUAUGAUCAGCAUAUUAAGGGUAGUCCAUUUAAGUUGCGCGUGAUCAAACCCACUGAUCUUUCUCCGACGUCUGAUGGUGUCAAACGACGUGUGAAAUCCCCUGGCAGCGGGCAUGUGAAACAGAAGGCUGUGAAACGACCAGCAAGUAUGUAUAGCACUGGCAAAAGAAAAGAGAAUCCAAUAGAAGAUGACUUAAUCUUUAGAAUUGGCACCAAGGGAAGAAAUAAAGGGGAAUUUACCAAUUUGCAGGGAGUGGCAACAUCCACCAAUGGAAAGGUCAUGAUAGCAGACAGUAACAAUCAAUGUGUGCAGAUUUUCUCAAAUGAUGGCCAGUUUAAAAAUCGUUUUGGUGUUCGUGGACGAUCUCCUGGCCAACUCCAGCGUCCGACGGGUGUAGCUGUGCACCCGAGUGGUGAUAUUAUUAUUGCUGAUUAUGACAACAAGUGGGUGAGCAUUUUCUCCUCUGAUGGGAAAUUCAAGGUCAAACUAGGCUCUGGGAAGCUUUUGGGACCGAAAGGGGUGGCGGUGGAUCGUAAUGGCCAUAUAAUUGUGGUGGACAACAAGGCAUGCUGUGUCUUCAUCUUUCAGCCUAAUGGGAAGCUGGUCACAAAAUUUGGUAAUCGAGGAAAUGGUGACAAGCAGUUUGCAGGUCCGCAUUUUGCAGCAGUAAACAACAAUAAUGAAAUCAUUGUUACUGAUUUUCAUAACCAUUCUGUUAAGGUGUUCAAUACAGAUGGUGAGUUUGUGUUAAAAUUUGGAUCGAAUGGUGAAGGAAAUGGCCAAUUCAAUGCUCCUACGGGCGUGGCAGUGGAUGCCAAUGGAAAUAUCAUUGUUGCUGACUGGGGAAACAGUCGUAUACAGGUCUUUGAUGGAAAUGGAUCAUUCCUCUCAUAUAUUAACACUUCUGCAGAUCCAUUGUACGGCCCUCAAGGUUUAGCAUUGACUUCUGAUGGCCAUGUGGUGGUCGCUGAUUCUGGAAAUCAUUGCUUUAAGGUUUACCGCUAUUUGCAAUAGCUCUGAUCUUUGGAUCAACAAAUCUUAACCAUAGAACAGAUAACCUGCAUUAAGAAUUAGUUCAGUUUCCCUUUACUUUUGGAGUUGCCUGUUUGGAGACUUGUUUUAGUUUGGCACUUUUUUCUCUUGCUAAUUUAAGCGUCCUGCACACAUGGAACAAAAUGUGCAGUUUUGUACCUAAAGCUAAUUUCUGCCCUUCAUGAUCUUAUAUGUUCCGGAUUCACAGGAGCCAAACGAUGCUGUCAUAAAUCUAAUAAACAGAGUGCGCACUUAAAUUUGUAAAUACAAAUUAAAAGGAUUAUGUAGCUGGCUAACAAAUCAAUUUAGGAAUGAAAUAUACUUGAGUAUUAUUAAAGAAACAAUAGAUUCAUUCUGUACCAAUAGCUUUCAUAUCAAAUGUUCCAAAUUGAAUAAAUGGCUGCAAAUGAACUGUCAUUCAGAUCUUUAUGCCUUGUUCUCACAGCUAGCAUAAAAUCAUAAGAGAUAGGAGCAGAAUUAGGCUAUUCGGACCAUCAGGUCUACUCUGCCAUUCAGUCAUGGGUGACCUAUCUCUUCCUCCUAUCCCCAUCCUACUGCCUUCUCCCCAUAACCUCUGACACCCGUACUAAUCACAAAUGUAUCUGUCUCUGCAUUAAAUAUAUCCACUGACUUUGCCUCCACAGCCUUCUGUGGGAAAGAAUUUCACAGAUUCUCCACUGACAAAAGAGAAUCCUCCUCAUCUUCCUAAAAGAACGUCCUUUGACUUCUCGUCCUAGACUCUCCCACUAGUAAAAACAUCCUCUUUAUCCAAGCUAUAAUUUAUUUCUAAUAACCUCUGCACAUUUUUCAACCUGGCCCUUAUAAUUCAAUCCUCUUUGCAUGGCAGGUACACAGUUAGAAAUCAUUGUCAUGCAUUUAAAGCAUUGUCCUUUAGGGACAUCGUAAUGAUGCAAGUCAUUCAGAAAAUAUUCAAAGUAGCUGUUACAGGACUGACUUCAAAUCGAUGUACACUUCUACAGCAAAUGAAUGAGGAAAUUAACAGCCCGUAGUACAUUAUACUUUACGUUGUUUGACAUUUUUGAAAAACUGCAUUGAAUAACUGGUGAUUAGUUGUUUUAUUAGGUUCUCAGUUUUGAUUACAAAUCCAUGGUGCCAUCUGUAUGCCAUACGCCUGUUUGUUAGUUGUGCAAUCUGUGAAAUCGGUGAAAGGAAAAUGUUUGAAAGAAAUUGAAGAGUAACAUCUUUUAAAGUCAAUGCAGCGGAUGUAUAAAUCUACUGAGGAAAAGGAUAAAAAUGGAAAUGCACUAACAUACUCCUCUGUCAUUACUUGCAUUUAUUAGGUUUCUUGAAAGAUUUUAGUUUAGUUUCGUCUGUUUGGGUGUUUUGAUCGCAUCUAUUUAUCCUAAAAAAAUCUCUUGCUAAGAUUGCAUAAUUGGAGAAAACUUGGCAAUCUUCUAAAGUGCACUAAAAUAUUAAAACAUGAAAGCUCAUUUACAUAAUUCACAACCCUAUACCGCUGUUUUACAAUGAAUUAAUUGAUGUAAUGGACAAUUUUGUUCGUACAAGGUUUUGGAUUAUGGAAAGAGAAACCAUGUAUUUCCUCAUUAACCUAUGUGGAUUAGAAAUUCAUUAUUUGGAGCAAUCAGCAAUCCAUCUCUCCUGUGAUGGUUUAAACAACAACUUUGAUGCACUGGGAUUGUACAUUUUAUUAAUAUUUUGUCUGUAAAAAUGCUCAACAAAACUACUUGUAUUUUAUCUCUAAUGUAUUAACAAAUGAAUCUCUCUGUUGCCAAAUGAUUUGGAAACCAAGUGCCCACAGAAAUUACUUGGGGAAGAUAUGCUCUAAGCAGUAACUAAAAUAUGAUGCUGAAAGUGUUGGAACAAUUGAAGUGUGAGUAAGUUGUGAUUGUAAGUUGUCCUUUUCUCCGAUUUGUUGUGUUUCAGCCACAUUUUGUAUUGUGGGUCACAGAACGAGUAAGUGACUCUUUCACUACAACCCCUGACCAAGACUAUCACAACAUUCAAAUUGGCAUUAUAUGUAACAGCAAGGCUUUAACACAAAUGAUCUUUUUCUAUCAGUAAAACGUAACAUUUAGUUUAACCAUGUUUAAUAGGGGCAAUUUAUGCAUUAUUUGAAUGUUACAUGCAUUCCAAAACUGUUGAAAAAUUAAUUGUUUUCUGUACACAAGAGGAAAAAUAAAAAGUCAUGCAUUCUGUCUGUA